AUUCACGGCAGAGCUGAGAGCAGCUGGAGGAAAAUGUACACUGGAUAAAGUUUUUCCUGACUUCCAUCUGGAUGUGAUUGGACAGAACCAUCUCCGAGGCCCAUGGUGUUCCGCCACAUGGAUCAUUUCUAAUCUGAAGCAAUACGGGGUGUCCUUGGCUCGUGUGCACCUCCAGCCUGAACCCGCGAAGACUGUCUAGAAACGUGAACUCCGAACCUCGCUGCCCAUCCUCCACAGUGGAUUCUACAAGAUACUAGAAGACAGAGAGGACAAUGGCCAAUUCCAGUAUCAAACGCUUGGCCGUCACGCUCAUGGACACCUCCACAGACAAGGACCCCGAUGUACAGGAGCAGAUCUACAGCUCUCUGUGCUUCAUGGGAGAGACGGCAAUGGUGGAGGUGCUGGAGUCCUGCGACUCUUACCUCCGACAGAACAAGUUAUCCACUACUCAUCGCACCAUCAUCCUGAGAGCAAUGGAGACCAUAGUAAGGGAAAACCUUUCAAAAUUGAACAAAGAGACAGCAAAGAUGGUCAUCCUGCUGGCCUCAAAUGAGAUGACCAAAUCAAAGGACAUCGUAUUUGAGUGGCAGCAGGCGGCCAGUAACGUCCUUGUCGCGGUUGGUCGGAGCUUCAUUAACAACGUCAUGGAGGAGAUUCUGCUGAAGUUCCAGCCGGGGAUCCUCCCACACUUCUUUAUCAUGCAGACGUUGGCCAAUCUCUCGGUGGCGAAUGUGUUUGGGAUGGUCCCGUUCCUGAACUCCAUUCUGGGGACCAUGCUGCCAAUGUUGGGGAUGGCCAAACAGGACCCCAUGAAAGCCGUCUUCUGUGUGGCUCUGCAGCGUUUCAGUGAGAGUGUUCUGGAGUAUCUGGCUAACCUGGAUAAAGCUCCGGACCCCACCGUGAGGAAGGACACCUUCUCUAAUGAGCUCUUCAACGCCUACGAUGUCCUCUUCAAUAACUGGCUGCAGAACCGCGAGUCCAAGGUCAGGUUGGCUGUGGUUGAGGCUCUCGGGCCGAUGAGUCACCUGUUGCCCAAUGAGAAGUUGGAGGAGCAUCUCCCGCGGCUGAUCCCUGGCAUCCUCUCUCUCUAUAAGAAGAAUGUGGAUGCUUUCUAUGUAACAAAGGUGAGUGGAAAGACUGAGAUACUUCAAAAGCUGCCAUGAAAUUCUCUUGAGGGACAGAGAUGUUCAGGGACUGACGGGUUAUACUGCCACCCGCAGGGAGAUUUGGAUGCUCGCUGUGACCAGCC